CGCCGCCUCCCAGCCCCCGGCAAUCGGCAGAGGCGGCCACGGCGGCCGGGCUCCCUCUGGGCGGCAGGAGGUGAAUGGCAAGCGCCGGCGUCUCCCUCCCACACCCCAGCGUCGGUCUCGCCUCCUCCAGCAGCAGCAGCAGCAGCGGGUCACCUCUGCGCGGCUGAGCCGAGCCGAGCCGCGCCGCGCUGCCUGCUGGCCGCAGGGCUCCCACAGAGGAGGCUGGCGGCUUCCCUCGCUACCUGCGGGGCCGCCACCGGCUUGCGGCGAGGAGGGGCUCCCGGAGGUGGCGCUGGGGGCAGGAGCGCCUGUGCCCAGAGCCAGCCGCACCUCUCCCUCCCGGCGGGGAGCAGGGCGGAGAACGGAGCGGCGGGCGGGCUCGGCUCCGGCUGCCCAGGCGCGCAGCUCUUCAUUUCCUCUCGCCGUCCGUCGCGCUGUUGGAGGCUCCGGACUAUAAAUAGCCGUUCGCCGAGUGCCGCCCGCACGCAGAGUGGGAAAGUACCGCGCUGGCCGCCCCGCUGCCGGACAGAACUGGAUCUUUGCCUCGAAGCUGCAUCAAAGCCAGACUGUGAAUCUUGUGCUGUGGCACUGGGAGAGGUGAACUCGGAAGAUUUGUGGAAUAAAAUUCAGCAGCUCCGGAGGCUGAUCAUGGAAAUCAAAGAGGAGAGAUCAUCAGAUGAAGCACAACAGUUUUUCCCUUCAUCCCAGUUAGACAGUCUAGGAGAGCCCCAGUUUACGAGUAUUCAGAGAGUUGCAAAUGAGCCAAAGCUGGAGUUCAGUCUUGCGUGCAAGGAUCUAGUGGCUACUACCCGUGAUCGGAAGCUGAACACGUUUAUCCAAGUCUCAGUGGUGCAUCCAGCAGAGCACAUUUUGACGCGGUAUUCAAGCACUGAAAUCGUGGAGGGUACAAAAGAUCCACUGUUUCUGACUGGUGUCACCUUCCCACCGGAAUACCCCAUCUAUGAGGAAACUAAAAUAAAACUUACAGUCUAUGAUGUCAAAGAUAAAUCCCAAGACACGGUCCGCACCAGUGUCCUACCUGAUCACAAGGAACCAAGAGCAGAUGUUGGGCGAAGCUUCCUGGGCUGUGCAACUUUUAGAGUAGGCGAUCUGGUAAAGUCAAAGGAGCAACAGUUGACCCUUACCCUCAGAACAUCUGAUGGUGGAAAGACAGUUGGUACCAUUGAAGUCAAUCUUAUGAAGAUGGGAGAGCUAGAUGAGGGGGAAACAGACCACAUCACAGCAGAUACUCAGGAUCAAAAGUGUGCAUUGGUUCAUGAGUGUACAGCCACUGAAGGCAUAAGUGGGAAAGACAACCUGCCUUCCUUAAAUGCAGUGUUGAGAAACCCCGUUUGUAAGUUAUAUAGAUUCCCUACUUCUGACAACAAGUGGAUGCGGAUCCGGGAACAGAUGGCUGAGACUACCCUCUCUUUCCAUGUUCCUAAAGAACUAAUAAAUCUGCACAUAAAGGAGGAUAUGAGAAGGAAUCAGGAGCUUAAAGACCUGGGAGAACUUGCUCCUCACUGGGACAACAUGCGCAAAAGUGUAAUUGCUCACUGUGAUCAGAUGUUGAGUAUGUACCAGGACACUCUUGCAGAGCUUGGGAAGCAUACAGGUUCUUCCUUUAAAUCAAGCUGUAGCAAAGGAGAAAAAACACUAGAAUUCAUCCCAAUAAAUCUUCAUCUGCAAAGAAUGCAUGUGCAUAGUCCUCGAUUGAAAGAUGCUCUGUAUGAUGUUAUCACUGUGGGAGCCCCAGCAGCACAUUUCCAAGGAUUUAAGAAUGGAGGUCUCCGGAAACUGCUGAGUAAAUUUGAGGCUGAAAGACGAAAUACUGGAUACCAGUGUAUUUACUAUUCACCUGAAAACACAGCCAAGGCAAAAGAAGUUCUCAGCAACAUCAGUCAUCUGCAACCUCUCAUAUCAAGCCAUGCAGACCUGCUGCUCAGUUCUGCAAGCCAGCGUUCUCCAGACAGCUUGAAGAAUUCUUUAAAGAUGCUUUCAGAAAAAACGGAGUUAUUUGUGCACACAUUCAAGGACCAGCUGGUCAGAAGUGCCCUUUUAGCACUGUACACAGCCCGGCCUGGCUGUGUCCUCAAGAAACCAGCUGUGCCUAGAAACAGUGCGGAAGAAGGGGCCGAUGCACAGCACCAGGAUCAUCCUUCUCAGAUUAAAAGGCAGGACUCUAUACCCCAUCAUUCUGAAUAUGAUGAGGAAGAGUGGGACAGGGUGUGGGCCAACGUGGCAAAGAGUUUGAACUGCCUUAUUGCCAUGGUGGACAGACUGCUUGAAAAAGACAACAUGACCAACAUUAAAGAGGGUGAAAAUGAGCCUUCAGCAGAAGAUUGCAAGGUGUUGCACACAGGUGGUGACUGGUAUGAACAGCUGUACCCGCUGGUGCUUACACUGAAGGACUGCAUGGGAGAGGUGGUGACCAGGGCCAAGCAGUCCAUGGCGUUUGUCCUGCUCCAGGAACUUGCCUGUGGUUUGCCCCAGUGUUUGAUGCUGACCCUGAGAAGAGACAUCGUCUUUAGCCAAGCACUCGCUGGAUUGGUCUGUGGUUUUGUAAUCAAAUUGCACACAGGUUUACAUGAUCAAGGAUUUUUACAACAGCUUCAUACUGUUGGAUUGCUCGUGCAGUAUGAAGGACUCCUUAGUACAUAUAGUGAAGAAGCGGGGAUGCUAGAAGACAUGGCUGUGGGCAUUUCAGAUUUGCAGAAAGUAAUGUUUAAAGUAAUUGAAGCCAAGUCAGAGGAUUUUUUGCCUAUUAUAACUGGAAGGCGUGAGCAUUACAUUAUAGAGGUCCAGCUUCCAGCAAAGAUGUUUGAGCUGCUACCACAGGAGAUUAAAGAAGGAAAGCUGCUUCGCAUGUAUCCAGUGCUCUUUAAUGUUGGAAUCAAUGAACAGCAAACACUGGCAGAGAGGUUUGGAGAUACCACUUUGCAGGAAAACAUUAACCAGGAAAACUUAGAACUUCUCAAAGAAUAUUACAAGUUAUUUACAGAAAAAAUGCCUCCUGAUUGUUUACCACAUUUUCAAGAGCAAAAUGAUUUAAAGGGAUUGCUAGAAAGUCUUCAUCAAAAUAUCCAGGCCAAAAAGAGAAAGAAUGUAGAAAUCAUGUGGCUGGCUGCAACGAUCUGCCGGAAGCUGAACGGAGUGCGCUUCACCUGCUGCAAAAGUGCCAAAGACAGGACGUCCAUGUCAGUGACGCUGGAGCAGUGCUCCAUCCUGAGGGACGAGCACCAGCUGCACAAAGACUUCUUCAUCCGGGCGCUGGAUUGCAUGAGGAGAGAAGGAUGCCGCAUAGAGAAUGUUCUGAAGAAUGUCAAAUGCAGAAAGUAUGCAUUCAACAUGAUACAGCUGAUGGCUUUCCCAAAGUACUACAGACCUCCAGAGGGGACAUAUGGAAAAGCUGACACCUAAGUUUAACAAAAGUGUAAUCAGGAGCAGAUAUCAUGCCAAUUAGUGAAUAUAACAACUGCUGUUUAUGGCGUAUGAAUUGGGAAUGUAUAACCAGUGGAGGUGUUAUUUUUAUCAGGUUUUAUCAUUUUACACUGAAAUUAAUCUGAUUAGUCAUUAUGAAAUAAAUACCAUGAAAAAGCAAUGGACUGGAUAUUCUGAAAAUCAAAUAUAUUCAACUUACCUUUGUGAAAUUGAAGCUUAGUACGACUCAUAAGCCAGUUGGAAUUAGUUUCUGGGGUCAUUUGAUUGAAGAUUAAAUAGGGAAAUGGCAUUUGCUGUAGGAACAGAGAUUAGUAAUCUGGAAGGUGGCAUUCUGACUCCAAACCAAACCCUGAGAUUUGAUUUAAGGGGUCUCUUACUGCUGGAAAAGGUGUUUUCUGUAACCAGCAGAGCACUGACAUCUUGAUCACUAAUGAUUAAACCCUUCACAGAAAUGUUUAUGAAAGAUGCUAAUGUUAAUACCUGGGCUAAAUAUAAUUUUGGUAAUUACAAUUAGCUUCUUUACAUAAGCAUGGUAACUUCAUAAUAUGUUUUUAAUAAUUGCAGACUUUAAUUCCAGUAAUUCCAUUUUGAUUCCCUGUGGUUCAUUUAGAUGUAUCACUCUUGGUUUUCUGUACCCCAGCCAAAUACCACUUAUGUCACUUUCACAUAAAUCACACUGAAAUCAGGACGAUUAAUUCCUCAAGUAAUGGGACCUGAAUUUGACCUCCUAUUUAGUGUAAACCCUUAAAAGCAAAUUUUCUUUAAUGCUAGGGAAAAUAAGUUGUAUAUACAGGAGUUAAUGUAUCUUUAGACUCUGAAAACUUGUAUGUUAUUAGAAAGCCUAAAAUAAAUGUUAUGAGUAAACUGCUGCACUAGGACUAGUUAGCCACUGCAGCUGAUUUAUAUCCAAUUUGUAAUGCUGCAGGUAGACACUCUAGGAUGAAGAGCAAUCAGCUUUAAAAAUGAAUGUUAAUGCUCUGCCAGCUUGUGUUAAUCCUGAAAUUUGUCUUGCAAAGAGCAUUUGUGUUUUCUGAUUGUGUCUAUUUACUACCUUCUUCUGCCCCCCAGAGAGGAAUACAAUUGAAAAUUCCCAAGUAUUCACUGGUUACUGACCUUUAUGUAAUGCCUUCUUUUUAUAUCUAGAGCAGAAGUAUGAGAAAUGUAGCCUAAUGAAACUACCCUGGGAAUUUGAGCAUCUGUAGGAAAUUGUAAUUGCCAUGGAUAAAGAAGUAAAUGUUUCCUUACUCCUAUGGAAGUCAAAGAAAUAUCUAUAUACCAUGACUUUUAAUUUGUUCUUUUUAAUCCAUUAAUACUCAUUACUGGGUAUAAAUCUGUAACUAUACCAGAAUUUAAGAGCCUGAUUCUGCAAAUUCUAUUUGGGUGAUCCAUGGAACUGAUCUAUCAUUUGGCUAAAAUUAAAUCCAUCUUGUAUAUUUGCAAGAUCAGGCUUUGGAGUUUGUAGGAAAACAUCAGAAAGAGAUCCUUGUUCUAAUACUCAUUGACUUCAAUGGAGCCAGAAAUUCACCUAUACAAUAUAUUAACUAAUUGGAACUUUUUUUUCCAAGAAAAGUAGAUAAUGUAAGUAGUGUUUUGGUGCAUUAGUUUUUUAUUUCUAUUAUAUAAUAUGCUGUCAUUAAUUGCUUCCUUUUUUUUGGAAUGUAUUACUUCAGUAUAUGUCAGAAGAGUUGACAAUGCAUCACAGAUAAGCUCAGACUGAUAAGAACACAAUGCCUUGAUUUCUUCUUGUCAUGUACCACUAGAAGUGGACAAUACUCAUUGGGUGGCUGGAUAUGUGCAUAAAUUAGUGUUUGUUUAUUAAUAUAAUGCAGCUGAUCUGUGUGAAACUUUUUUGUGAAUUUAUGGAACAUAAUCCUUCCUAGAAAAGUAAUUUUUCUUCUGUCAGGCUGCUGCACUAACCCUCACUAUAUACAUGUUUAUUAUUAGCUUAAAAAAGCCCUACAUAUGCAGUUUGGAGAUAGUGAUAAAUGGGUCUCUGAAAUAACCCCCAGGUAUGCAGCAGAGAAUGCCAACCAUUGCACAGUAAUUCUGAAACUCUCUGUAAAAAUCUCAGUGGAGAUGGUGUUCUUUGCUGGGUGCUAUAGGUACCUAGACUUCUUUAUCUGAGUCCCAUUGGCAUUCUGUCAAAUUAUAAAAAUAUGAAAUUAUUCUAGAUUUUCUUGUCAGGAAAAUAGUCUUUCAAGAUUUUGCCUGAGCAUUUUAAUCCUGUCCAGGCUCUAAGUUGCUGUUCUCACUACCAUGUUAUUUUUUGUGUUGAAAUUGUUUUUCACGCUGAAGCCAUGGAUUUGAUGAGGAGAAAGAAAAAAUGGCGCUGGAUUACUAUCCUUUUUGUUUUAACAACCAUUCACAGUAUGUUCUUGUGAAAUUAAAUAAAUCUCUUAUUUGCUAAAGAUAAUUAAUUAGACAAAACCACAAAUACAUCAGUCAGCUGCAGCGAAGCCUCAUGCUUGGGCCAUUACAGAAGAGUUGGCUGAGUUCUGUGCUAAAUAGUACUGAAAUUUUUCUCACUAAUAUUUAGAUUGGAACAUCUUGUUGUAGGUCAGGAGAGCUUUGUAAAACCUGCUGAACUUCUCCAAGUCUCCUGGAAAAACCUAGUUGCUUCAGUAGCAAAACAGGCCCAAAUGUUUUGUUGUUUGGCCAUUGCCCGCUGGGGGCUACUGUGGUCCCUGUGGGCAAAGGCUGUGCCAUCAGCUGACCAUGGAUUCAAAAGUUUUGGUUUUUCUGGUUGGCCUUUUAUGAAGAAACAAAGAGGGGUUUGCUGCAGGUUGAUGGUUGUGUUAUGUGGAGUACGUUUACUCUUUGUAGCAGCUGCUUCCAGCCCUGUGGGUUGUUGGAAUGGCUAACAGAGGAGUCAAAUCAUCCCGGGGGUCUUGCACAUUAUCUUCUAGCUCACUGUGGAUUUCAGACAAGUAAAACUACACAACUUAAUUUUUAUAAGCAAACUACGUUGUUUGUCUUGCAGAGGGAUAAGGUAAGCAGAGUGAAUUUGAUGGUGGCUUUGCAAGAACUGUUCCAUAAGUGCUCUCUUAAAACUUCUGUAAGGUAUGAAAUAAUCUGCUUUUAGAGGAGGGCAGCUCUCAAGGGCUAGAAAAUGAAAAUUCAAAAAUACAUCUGGCAUCUAGAGCCAAAUCUGUCUUACAGGUGAUAUUAUUAGUAUAAAUCAAAUCAGGAUCAGGAUCUGUCUUGAGGAAUCCUGAAAUAAGGGCUUCUAGCUUUCGAUAUUUGUACAAUGCAUCACACACUUACAUGGGGGUUUUGUACCACAGAGUAGUGACUAAAUGGAGAGCUAGUCUAAAAUAACUAAAAACAUAAGGAAAGGAAUGUUAAAGUAUUUUUCCCCAGAAAUGAUUGUAAUAGUGUUAUACUACAUGUCUAUGAGUGACAUUAUAUUAUCUAUUGUUUAUAAUACACGUCUAUGACUGACAUUAAGCAGGCAGGUCUUUUUUUCUGAAGUCUUUUGAGGAAUUUAAAAUACAUUCUGAUUAAUGUUUAUACUUUGGCUUUUAUGGAGCAAUUAGAAAGCAAAAAUUUUUAAUUAUGUUAUCUGAUUUUUGUCUAUGUGAAGCUAUGUAUUUUGAUGGAAUCCUAGCAAUGUCUGUGUUAUAAAGAAUAAAUAAUUUAGGAGGACAGCUAAAACAAAAUAUUAACUGGGAAGUAGCCUUAAUGAAGCCCUUUGCAAGGUUAAUUUUUUUCUGUCUGAAUUUUGUCAUUACAUAAGUGAAAUGAGGAAAUUAACAAACAAUUUUGUGUCUAAAUCAAUCUCUCCUGAUGAAAAUCCACUUAGUUGCAGUGGAAUAACUUGUGAUGAUAUUCAAAUCUUCACUAGUAAUUUUGGUAUAAAGAAGUGCAACACUUCAUUCUGAAGCCUACUCUAUAAUAUGCCUAUUAAAAGUUUCAGGAAAAAAAUAUUUUUAUUUCUAGAUUAAACACAAGUUCCAAGAAAUCCUUUGGUCCAUUUUAAAAAAAGCAUAAAAUGCACUGAACGUCAACCAGUGUAAUAAAGAAAGGAAUUGCAUUGGAAACUAUGCAGCAAAAUUACCUGUGUGAAUUAAUGUAUGUAAUCACUUAACGUUCUUAUAUGUACAUUGUGUCAGUUGCUUGUGUUGUAAACUUGAAACCAUUGAUAUCUAUAUUUAUGCUCUUUUUUAUUAUAAAGUGCACUGUAUAGGUAGUGCCAUGAGACAUGUUUGCAUCUUGCUUUUCACUUCCUUGCAGCUUAAAAGCAGAUGUUUACAAUGGAGAUGCUUUAAAGUAAUUUGCUGUUCUUGAAAACACAAACUUACCUUGUAUAUUGCAUGUUUACCAAAAAAUUCAUACAAAUGCUUUUUUAGAGAGAAAAAAAAUCAAAGACUUCAGUCCUUAAAACACUGGGGUUUUUUACCUUAGCCAUGAAACACCUCAUCUGUUGUGUUGCCAAGCAUUUGGCUUGCACUCUGCAGGACUCAAACAUUUCUUUUCUCUUUCUUUCACAGCAUCUGCUGAUUAAGUAAUAUAACAGCCAUGACUAUCAGCAUGAUACUCAUGAUCCAAGUUAAAAACUUACAUUUGCUCAGAUAUGAGCAAAGACUUCAGGAUAAAUAAACUAUAAGACACUUGUGAACCAGUGUCUCCCUAUUCCAAAGAGCUGAAACAUAAGGCACAGGAUUUGUGUGCUGACUGGGAAAAAGAGUUACAGUUGGAGUCUAUGAUAAAAGAGUGCCCAGGACAUGGCAGGUUCAGAGCAGUGAGAUUUGGACCACGCUGCAGUGGUGUUUGAUUACUCUUUCCAUGCAUGCAAAACGCUUUAAAAGUGUUCAGCACUUCUGUUUAUGAAUGGUCUGACUUUAAAACGUCUAAAAUCCCAAAUUACUUUGGUACUUGUUUUCCUUUUCUGUAGCUGUUCCUUGUGAUGUUCCUGUCUUACAUUCUGGAGCACACAGGGCUGUGUAUAAGUAACAUUAACAGGACUUCAGUCCGCAGCAUGUGUUUGUCCAGAGAAGCAAAGCACAACUAUAGGAAUUCAAUGCUUUUUUUAUUUCAGGGUUUAUCAUUUUUGUUUCAUUGCUGUCUGUAAGCCAUG